AUGUCAGACUUCAAGGCGUCCGUUGAGCCAACGAGCAAUGGCUUCGCGGUUUGUGGCUAUGAGAAAAUUGAAUACGACUUUGAAUUCCUCGAUGGAGUUUUCAACGUCGCCCAUCCUCAGUUGGCAGAAAACUACAAGCCUUGGGGCCGUUGCCUGGCCAUCAUGGACCUGAACAUUUCCAACCUCUACGGGCAGCAGAUUCAGCAGUAUUUUGAACACUAUGCCAUCGAUCUCAAGGUCCACAGAACCAUGAUUGGCGAAAAGGCAAAGAGCAUGGAAACAAUGCUCAGCAUUGUAGACUCCAUGACUGAAUUCGGCGUGUACCGCAAAGAGCCCGUCCUGGUUGUGGGCGGCGGUCUCGUCACCGACGUGGCUGGCUUCGCUUGUGCUGCAUAUCGCCGAAACACAAACUACAUCCGUGUACCGACCACCGUCAUUGGACUCAUCGACGCCUCCGUCUCCAUCAAGGUCGCCGUCAACUACGGCAACUACAAGAACCGUCUGGGAGCAUACCACGCCCCUGCCAAGACGUUUCUCGACUUCACUUUCCUCAAGACCCUACCCGAGGCCCAAAUUCGCAACGGAUUCGCUGAGCUCAUCAAGAUAUCCUCGUGCGCCCACAAGGACACCUUUGAUCUCCUCGACGAGUAUUGCGAGGAUCUCAUCCGUACCGCCUUUGGCAGGCUUGGCUCGUCCAAUGCCAACGUCAAGGUGGCUGCCGAUAAAAUCUGCCGAGCUGGCAUCCAUGUGAUGCUCAAGCUCGAGACGCCCAACCUGCACGAAAUCAUGCUUGACCGCGUCAUUGCAUACGGACACACUUGGUCACCCACGCACGAGCUCGUUCCGGACCCUCCUCUCCGUCACGGUCACGCCAUCUCCGUCGACAUGGCCUUUUCCGCCACCCUCAGCUUCAUCCGCGGCAAGCUCUCCCAGGCCGACCACCUACGGCUCCUCCGCCUCUUCUCCCGCGCCGGCCUGUCCAUGGACCACGCCGACUUUGACGACGCGCUGCUCGCCGAGGCCACGGCCGCCAUCCUCAAGACGCGCAACGGCAAGCUGCGCGCCGCCGUGCCCGUGAGCCCCAUGGGCGACUGCGUCUUCCUCAACGACGUGAGCCACGAGGAAAUGUGCGCCGCGCUCAAGGCCCACAAGGAGAUUAUGAAGGAGUUUCCGCGCGAGGGAGCCGGCAUCGACGCCUACGUCGACGCGAGCGACACGGGCUACACGUUGGGCGGGGAGCCUGUCGAGGCCAUGAUGGAGCAGCUCGGUGCCAAGGACGGCAUGGAUACGCCUCGCGUGCUAAAGGAGAUGACGGUGCAGAUUCCGGGACUCUCUGUUCAAGCGUGA